AUGUCGAACGUCUUCUUCUACGAGCCUUUCUACGACUUCGACCGCUUCUUUGAUGAGGCGUUCUUUGGCCGUCAAAAUGAAGGCGGGCGUCCUCAGCAGCGCCGUGUUACGGACGGCGGCGAUGGCGCUGUGAGGCCUUUCAAGCCAAGGAUGGAUCUCCACGAGAAUGCUGAGAACAACCUCGUUACCGCAUCAUUCGAGUUCCCCGGUGUCAAGAAAGAGGACGUCCAAAUCGACGUUCACAAUGGCCGCCUUAUCGUCUCAGCAGAGACGAAAGAAUCCACUCAGCACGACGAGGGAGGCUACGCUGUUCGUGAACGCCGCUACGGCAAGUACUCGCGUACUCUCCAGUUGCCUCAAGGAGUGAAGGACAAUGAGAUCAAAGCGAAUAUGGACAACGGCAUCUUGACUGUCACCUUCCCGAAAAGCAUCCCGGAGCUCGCGCCGAAGAGGAUUGCCGUACAGUAA